AGCCAUGAGCGCGAGCCACCGACACAGAUCUGACCAAUCAGCGUUCGCCAAUCCUGAGCGCUGACCAAUCACAGAGUCCGCUUCAGGCUGAACACUGUUCAACAUGGAGUCAACAGUUGAUAAGCUGGAGGUGAUGUUCCAGAAGUCACAGGCUGACCUGGAAUACAUCGAGAAGCGGCUGAAGCUGGACUUCAUCAACAGCACUGCAGAGAAUGGAGCUUCUGCUGAGGAGAACCCAGCCGUGGUGCUGGAGAACCUGAGGAGCCUGAAGGCCAAACAUGCAGCAUUGAGUUCUCAGGUGAAGGAGAUCGCAGCUGCACAAAAAGAGUCCAUGGACUCCAUCAGAAACAACCUUGACAGUGUCAUGAAGGUGAUCCAAAAUGUCCAGCAGACUGCCGAUGUGGAGGUUCAGCCACUGACAGAGUCAGAGCGAGAGUCAGUAGAACAGCUUCUGGCUUCAGCUCUCAUUCAGACCACUCCAGAGGUACCUACUGCUGUAGCAGCUGCAGGUCACCAGCAGCCCCCGAGCUGCGAAUAUAAGGAGCUGAGUGUCGCCAUGUUGGAGGCUGUUCCUUCUAGUGUGCGCUCCAACGUCAAGCUGGCUGACCUCAAUAUGUUCUACCAGCAGCUGCAGCAGCACUUCAGCAAGAACAGUGGAUCCCUCAGUGUGCAGAAGAUGAAGCUGCUGAAGAUGAAGGUGAGCGAUGCUAAGCUAAGGGUCCUGCAGCACCUGUCUUUAGUAGAGCAGGACAGGAAAGGCAAUGUUCGUCUUGUGUUGUGAGGCUCAGCCUUUUGACGGGGCGAGGGUUUCUGGAUCCAGAUGCUUCUCUGCUUGUUCUGAGCUGGACUAACAAACUAAAUGCACUGCCUGAUCAAUCUCCUCGUGCCCACCAUAUGUUUGUACCAGAUAUUUGUGGGUAUAUCAGUCUUCAUUUCAGAUACAGAUGUGAUGUAAAUUGUUGCACUUAAAUGGAUAUUGUCAUAUGAACUGUUGCAUAGAGGCUCACAAGUCUGCCAGCGGAGACACAAGGAAGAAGAGAAAGGAUUGUCUUAUAAACUCUAUGCAUGCUUAUGUUAUUGUUAUCUCUCUAAUAUGUCUGCUGCUUUAUCUCACUGUUGGACAGCAUUUUCUGACUGACAACUGAAGUUUAGAACUGCUCACUCUCUUUUGCCAAACAAAAUUUCACCAAAGUCUCAAAAUAACUCAUUCGAACUUAUGUUGGAGGCAGCAGUGGAUCAACAACUCCUGUGUGCUGUGAUCUUUAAAUAUUUAUGGCCUUUGGUGCAGGGAGUGAGUGGUUUACAAAGCAACACAAACCUCAGUUUCCAGUCAAAGGCUGUCUCAUGGCAAGAAAAGGUGGCUAACUGAUUCUUUAGAUAUUGGACACGUAACCAGGUAUAGAUUUCACUAGGUGAGUCUCAGUCUCGUUCCUGCUGCCACAGAAUCUGUGCAAUGUGUCAUUUCCCCAUAAAACCAGACUUCAAAAAAGCCUGAACUAUACCUUUAAUAAAUGGGGGUACUCUAAACUUAAACCCUAUGGGCUGUCAAGAAAAUGAGAUUAAAAAUGAGCUGUAUUUUUCUGUAUUUUUCUGCAUCUUUAAAAAGAGCACAAUGUAAAUAAAAACUUUUUCCAAACAGUA